AUAGGGGUUAAAACAAAAAAUAAAGCACCGCACCACCGCACCAACACACAGAGCACUUUCUUCCCCUGUUUUUCUCAAAAGCUAUGGAUUCCUCUCCAACUCUCUCCGGCCGCGCCCAAAUGCUACAAAAACAAUGCGACGCCAAUAUUUCACCGAUGGCCAAAAACCACCCCUCUUCCUGCGGGACGCCAUUCUUCUCUCCUUCCUCUUCUCUCUCCUCUUGUUCUUCCCACGGAUCUUCCUAUUACCGGGAUGAUUCUCCCCUCAGUCCUGCCACCCCACUCCGUUUCUCCGGCGUCCCAUUUUCCUGGGAACAUUUGCCCGGAAUUCCAAAAAAACUCCAAAACCAUAAGAAAAAGGAGUCAAUAAAGUUGCUCCCACUACUUCCUCCUCCUGCCACCACAUCCACCUCGAAAAAAUACAAUUCCGACGACCCCACAUCCUGGAAGAAACUCUACAGUGGAGAUCAAAGCUUCAGAACGGAUCCAUUCUUCGCCGCUUUGGUCGAAUGCUCCAAGGACGACGAAGACCAAGAAUCAGGCAAUUUAUGGACCGGUACUAAGAUUUCCCGGAGCAUUAGCGACAGGUUUGGUUUUAUAAAUCUCUACUCUUCCUGUAAAAGCACUUGUGCUGUUUCGGAAUCAAAAGUAUAUCUUCCAAAAUCGAGAAGAAAAUCAUCUUACCGCCUUGUUAACCACCGUUCCCGGUGAACGGAAUCAUGUUCACCAUAUUUACUUUUCCUCUGUUCCUUCUCCUCUUCUCCUACAUUCCCCUGCUUCUUUUUUUUUUCCCCAUUUUUGUAUGUGAAGAAGAGAAGUUUGUCUCCAAGACAGAAAAAUCAGUGUUAUAUAAUAUAAUGAGUAGGAAGCAGUGGAGCAGAGCUGGCCCUGCUUAAUUUAGUUUUAUAAAUGAAUGAUUAGCAU